AAACAAUAAUCCUAUUACACAAAGUGUAUUGGUUAUACUGAUUUCCCGACCAGCUAGGACCCUAUUAGUACAGAAGGAGCGAAGUUUUAGCGCCGUUCUUCAGCACAUCGCCAGCUCCCAAGCCUAGACGAGGCUGCAGCAACCCGGAGAAUCUUCCGUUCGCCUGCGCGCGACUACAACACUCAACCUCUACCAGCUACUGCUCGUUCCGGCGAGCGACACCUAACUUGAGCUCAACGCACGAAACAACUCCCGACCCAAGGCCAGCCUGACAGUACACCAACUGCGCAAAAUGGAACCCCCAGCUGCCGCCUUCGAGCCAUACCCCUCCUCCUCCGCACUCACCCUCGCAACCCGCAGCCACACGCAGGGCACCUUCCAGAUCUCGGCCCGCAAGCUCCCGAUCCUCAAAGCGGGCCCCAUAGACGCCAUGUCCGCGCGCAUAGGGAUCCCCAUCCCCGAGAUGAUCUUUGGCGACAACCUGGUCUCCAUCACGCACGCGCCGUCCGGGUGGAGCAUCUCCUUCAGCGCGGAGCCGGCGCUCGACACGGUCGACAAGACCGGGGAGGGCGGGAUGCUGCGGGUGGCGUACGCGCGCGAGUGGAGCAGCAGCCGGGAGAAGACGAGCGCGGCGGAUAUCAAGGAGGUGGUCAAGCCUUUUGACUGGAGCUAUUCGGCCAAGUAUGUCGGGGAUGAGGUUAGAACCGGGGAUGGGAGGGGGUUGGAAAUUAAGGGCGGGGAGGGAGAGGAGGCGGAGGAGAUACCGCUUGAGUUGCUGAAGAGGAGGGAUCCAAUCCUCUUCGCGGACGAGGUUGUGCUGUAUGAGAGUGAGUUGGAUGAUAAUGGGAUCAGCAUCAUGAGCGUGAAGUUCAGGGUCAUGGAGCAGCGGAUGUUGCUGCUCUGCCGGCUGUUCAUGAGGUUAGAUGGGGUGUUGGUGCGGGUGAGGGAUACGAGGGUGUAUGUGGACUUUGAGAGGGAGGUGGUGAUUCGGGAGUACACGGCGCGGGAGGACGCGUUUGAGAAUGUCAAACGGAAUCUUUACAUGCAGGGGCUGCUGCCAGAUGCCAUUACGGUGGCCCUGAGAGAUUCCAACCAGGUUGCGAACUUGCUCCCUGUUGUUGAACGCUCGCUGGAGAAUGCCUGCUUGGCGAUGAAAUCAUAGCACACUGCUGAUUAACGCGGUCCAGUGCAGAGAAAGCGGUUUGCCUGUAAGGGUCGGAACCUACCGUUGCACUUAGAUCACGAGGGAUGAACCGACAUGGGCAUCAGCUUUUGUCAAGACGCAAGCAAGCAUCUGGGGUUCGCAUCAGAGAAGCCAUUACUACCCGCCUUUCAAGCAAACGCUUAUACCCAGAGCAAAGUCUACUAAGUAGGCAAAUACAAACAACCUGACCUCUCCACUCCCUGGUGCUAUGAGUCUGCUGAUCAACUCCAGCCAAGUCAUCAUAACCUAACACGUUGCCAAAACGAAGCGAAACAUUUAUCACAUCCCUCU